CAAAGCUGCUGCAAGUUUUUCUGUAUAGGUGCAAGAGACACCCCCUGGAGUACAUGAAGAUGGGGGUGAAGACGUUUACGCACAGUUCUCCUGCACACAGCCAAGAAAUGCUGGGAAAGUUGAAUAUGCUGCGUAAUGAUGGACACUUCUGUGACAUCACCAUACGGGUCCAGGAUAAGAUCUUUCGAGCACAUAAAGUGGUGCUUGCUGCCUGCAGCGAGUUCUUCCGUACCAAGUUGGUGGGUCAGGCGGAAGAAAGCACCCAAUGUGUACUCGACCUGCACCACGUAACGGUGACAGGAUUCAUCCCUCUGCUGGAGUAUGCCUACACAGCAACCCUGUCUAUCAAUACAGAAAACAUUAUUGAUGUGUUAGCUGCAGCCAGCUACAUGCAAAUGUUCAGCGUGGCCAGCACAUGCUCAGAGUUCAUGAAGUCCAGCAUCUUAUGGAAUACUCAACAAGAGAAGGUUCUUGAUACUGGACAGGAGAACACAGCCAAUUGUAACAACUUCCGAGACGGUAGCCUUUCCCCAGUGUCCUCAGAGUGCAGCGUGGUCGAGAGGACAAUUCCCAUCUGCCGAGAGUCCCGACGCAAACGGAAAAGCUAUAUUGUCAUGUCCCCGGAAAGCCCAUUAAAGUGUGGCACUCAGACUAGCUCUCCACAGGUUCUAAACCCAACUCCUUCUUACACAGAGGCACGGAGUCAACCUGUGGACUCAUCACAUGCCUUUCCCUGGACUUUCCCCUUUGGCAUCGAUCGACGGUUACAGUCUGAGAAGGUGAAGCAGAUUGAAUCCAGAACAUUAGAACUUCCUGGACCUUCCGAAGUAACCAGGAGGGUGACUGAUUAUGUACCGUGCGAAAGCACUAAAGUCAGCUCUCCGCUGGUAAUGGAGGAAGACGUUCGGGUCAAAGUAGAGAGGUUGAGUGAUGAAGAGGUACACGAAGAAGUGUCUCAGCCCGUCAGUGCAUCUCAGAGUUCAGUGAGUGACCAGCAAACUGUCCCUGGCAGUGAGCAAGUGCAGGAAGAUCUACUGAUCAGCCCUCAGUCAUCUUCCAUAGGCUCCAUCGAUGAGGGUGUUGGGGAAGGACUGCCCGCGCUCCAGGGACAGGCAAGCACCAAUGUUCAUGCAGAUGAUGAUGACAGACUGGAAAAUGUGCAGUACCCCUACCAGCUGUACCUGACUCCCUCCACCAGCAGUACAGAGCGGCCUAGUCCUAAUGGCCCUGACAGACCUUUCCAGUGCCCCACCUGCGGAGUGCGCUUUACUCGGAUUCAGAACCUCAAGCAGCACAUGCUGAUACAUUCUGGAAUUAAACCGUUUCAGUGCGAUCGCUGUGGGAAAAAAUUCACUCGGGCAUACUCCUUAAAGAUGCAUCGGCUGAAACACGAAGGUAAACGCUGUUUCCGGUGCCAGAUAUGUAGUGCCACAUUCACUUCCUUCGGGGAAUACAAACACCACAUGAGGGUUUCCCGGCACAUUAUCCGCAAGCCUCGGAUAUAUGAGUGCAAAACAUGCGGUGCCAUGUUCACCAACUCUGGAAAUUUAAUCGUGCAUCUGAGGAGCCUGAAUCACGAAGCGUCAGAGCUAGCAAACUACUUCCAGAGCAGCGAUUUCCUAGUCCCAGAUUACUUGAGCCAGGAGCAGGAAGAGGCGCUUGGGCAGUACGAACUGGCAGAACAUGGCUUUGAAAACAACUCUUCUGUCCAAAUGCCGGUCAUCUCCCAGGUCUCCUCUACACAGAACUGUGAGAGCACUUUCCCCCUGGGCUCCCUGGGCAGCCUGGCCGAGAAAGAGGGGGAAGAGGAGGAAAUGACGGAAUCUGUCAAGGCCAGCCCUAUGGAUGAGAGCAGCAGAGAUGACACCCCCAAAGCAGAGGCAUCUUCCAUUGCUGUGGAGUAGUCUGGAUAUACGUGUCCUGCACCCUGUGAGAAUCUGCUUCGUCUUUAUUCUUUUCCCCUUGUUUGGGAAACACCUGUGAUUGGUCAAUUCUCGUUUACCUUCUGUUUUCUAAGAAAAGUAAAUCAAGCUCCUGAGGAUAUCACGUGUCCACCUCCAGUCCCAAUCAGUCAGGAACCUUGGCUUCUUUUUAUUUUGUGUGCUGUGCCUGGAUCCAACUGCUGCACAUUUCAAGAGUGUUUCUAAAUCAUUUUGUUAUAUGUAACCUUUCCUGCAGGAGGAUGGCUGCGUAUAUGAAGAGGAGGAUGUGACUUUCAUGUGGCUGCUCCCUGGUAUGGGGUGAUAGUUUGCGUGCAGGGACAGUUGCCCCCAAGGCAUCCACAUUGGUUCUGACCCGUGUGUACUGCAAUGGGAAUGCUUUUUUCCUCAUCGUGCUGCUCAAUCAGAACUCAACAACUUUCUGCUCAUAAUAGGAAGCUUGAAACUUUCAGUGUAAUUGUAUUACAUGAUUGGAGUGUUUUCUGUUUUUGUUUUUGUUUUUUCAUUUGAGAAGUGACCUGUAUUGUCUCACUGGGACUGCUUUGGUACUGAGUUUUUAUCUCAACCCAUAUAUGCUUUUCUGUGUGGUAUUAUUUUAUUUUUUUUAAUUUUCAGAAAUGAUUUGACCAAAUGUAUUCACCAGCAAACAAGUGUACAGAUCAUCUCUGAACAGAAUGAGUAUAAUUUGAUAUACUGUCAGCCUGAGAGAUGUAUGGACAUCCUAGUCUAUUAUUCUGUAGCUAAUCUAACGUAACCUCUCUACUCAGCAAGCACAAAAUGUUUGUCCUCGGGUGAGCCGCACUAAGCUAAAUUUUAAUAUUUUAUGGUUAAUAUUUUACUGAUAGUUCAGCUGCUGUUGCUAUAUAUUGAUAUUACUUGUGUUUUUUUUCCUUUUUAUUUACUAACCUUUUAUAAUAUAUAAAACUAAUUCUCCUACUUUAUAGGAGUUUAUUCUUGUUUUAGUUUAUUUUUGUAAGUCUUACCUGUAGGCAGGUUUGGGGAUUUUCUGAUUCAGAAAGAGAUUGGAAGAGGUGUACUGCCAGAUUUUACAAGCACUGUUGUGUCUGUUGGUGGC